CAUCCACGACGCCUGGUACAACCAGAACUACUCCAACAAGACCAACAUCUACUGAAAGUACUGAUACCACAAUGACGUCAGCCUCUACUCCAGAACCAUCCACAACGCCUGGUACAACCAGAACUACUCCAACAAGACCAACAUCUACUGAAAGUACUGAUACCACAAUGACGUCAGCCUCUACUCCAGAACCAUCCACAACGCCUGGUACAACCAGAACUACUCCAACAAGACCAACAUCUACUGAAAGUACUGAUACCACAAUGUCGUCAGCCUCUACUCCAGAACCAUCCACGACACCUGGUACAACCAGAACUACUCCAACAAGACCAACAUCUACUGAAAGUACUGAUACCACAAUGUCGUCAGCCUCUACUCCGGAACCAUCCACAACGCCUGGUACAACCAGAACUACUCCAACAAGACCAACAUCUACUGAAAGUACUGAUACCACAAUGUCGUCAGCCUCUACUCCAGAACCAUCCACGACACCUGGUACAACCAGAACUACUCCAACAAGACCAACAUCUACUGAAAGUACUGAUACCACAAUGUCGUCAGCCUCUAUAUAA